UGACGGAAGUGUGCGGCGCAACUCAGAGCUCGGUAGAAGAGAGACAGGAUUCAUCAUGUCACCACUUGGACUGAAAGCAAUUGUUGGAGAAAAGAUAAUGAAUAAUGUCAUCAAGAAGGCAAGAGAAAAAGGGAAGUGGAAGGUGCUGGUUGUGGAUAAGCUGAGUAUGAAGAUGGUUUCCUCUUGUUGUAAAAUGACAGACAUCAUGGCAGAGGGAAUCACCAUUGUUGAAGACAUAACCAAGCGGCGUGAGCCUCUACCUAGCAUGGAAGCCAUCUACCUGAUUACACCUUCAGAUGAGUCUGUUGAAGGUCUGAUUGACGACUUUAGAGAUCCGAAGACUCCAAGAUACCGCGCUGCUCAUGUCUUCUUCACUGACACAAUCCCAGACUCAUUAUUUGGACUGUUGACCAAAUCCCGCGCCUCCAAAUUCAUGAAGGCCUUGACUGAGAUUCAUAUCGCCUUCCUGCCCUAUGAGUCACAGGUCUUCUCCCUGGACAAAGUGGAUGCCUUUCAGGACUUCUACAGCCCCUUUAAGGCUGAUGUGAAGGUUAACAUGCUGGAGCGUUGUGCAGAGCAGAUUGCCACCCUCUGUGCCACACUCAAAGAGUAUCCUGGAGUCCGAUACAGAGGGGAGUACAAAGACUGUGCAGUCCUGGCCCAGAUGCUUCAGGAAAAGCUGGAUGGCUACAAGGCUGAUGACCCUACUAUGGGAGAGGGUCCAGACAAGUCUCGUACUCAGUUGCUCAUUCUGGAUCGAGGCUUUGAUCCUGUGUCUCCUCUCCUGCAUGAGCUCACGCUGCAGGCCAUGGCCUAUGACUUGCUGGCCAUCGAGAGCGAUGUCUACAGUUUUGAGACCAGUGGGAUGGGAGAAACAAGGAUGAAAGAGGUAGUGCUGGAUGAAGAUGACGACCUGUGGCUGACACUGAGACACAAACACAUUGCAGAGGUGUCAACGGCUGUGACCGGCUCUCUGAAAGAAUUUUCUGCCAGCAAAAAGAUGAACACUGGAGAAAAGACCACCAUGAAGGAAUUGUCUCAGAUGUUAAAGAAGAUGCCUCAGUAUCAGAAAGAGCUUAGUAAGUAUUCGACUCACCUCCACCUGGCUGAGGAUUGUAUGAACCGGUACCAGGGCACUGUGGACAAACUUUGUCGUGUGGAACAGGAUUUGGCAAUGGGCACAGAUCCAGAAGGAGAGAAAAUCAAGGAUCCCAUGCGGCUCAUUGUCCCUAUUCUACUAGAUGCCAACGUCAGUAUCUCUGACAAGAUCCGCAUCAUCCUGCUCUACAUCUUCCUUAAGAAUGGAGUGACAGAGGAGAACCUUUGUAAGCUCCUUCAGCAUGCCAACAUCCCACCAGAGGACAGUGACAUCAUUUCCAACAUGGCUCACAUGGGGUUAGCUGUUGUCUCUGAGGGUACCGCCAAGAAGGUCAAGAAACCGGAUCGUAAAGAAAGAGUCAGUGAGCAGACCUACCAACUCUCCAGGUGGACUCCUCUGGUCAAGGAUCUCAUUGAGGAUGCUAUUGAAGAUAAACUUGACCUCAAACAGUACCCUUACAUUUCCCAACGACAAGCAUCUGCCAAAGCCAGUGCUCCAUCAAGUGCUCGCUAUGGUAACUGGCACAAGAACAGAGGUCCCACAGAGAUGAAGACAGGACCCAGGAUCAUCAUCUUUAUCAUUGGAGGGAUGACAUAUAGUGAGAUGCGCUGUGUGUAUGAGGUCACCCAGGCCAAUGGAAAGUGGGAGGCCCUAAUUGGUUCCACACAUGUUCUCACCCCACCUAAAUACCUAAAGGAACUCCAGCACCCAGAUUUCCUGGAUCCCACAGCUGCAGUAGAAGGCACAGAGGAGCAACCUGCAGAAAAAACAACAUUUGGAAGUUAAUACACAGGAUCAACUGAAAUCUUCACCCCUGCUCACCUUCUGAAAACCCUUGAAGACUUGGAGAAAGAAACACAGUACAUUUAAGUUCUUGUAGUGCUCCCUCCACAGGUCUCAUACGUGAGUAGCAUCCCCCCAGCAAGACACAUCAAAUAUGAACUUUACACUUCACAGGUUUAUCAAAGUUGGAUUUAAAUAGAAUACUUUGAUGUUUAAAAGACUUUUUGUAAGUUUUUUUUUUUUUUUUUGGUUAAAAAUGUAACAUUUGUAAAGUAGCUUAGAUUCCUGGAUCAAAUUCAAGGGUUAGUAUUCUUACACAAUAUUCCACUGCGUCAUAGAACAAACUGAGUUGGAGCAUACCAUUCACUAUGAAAUGAUAAAUAUCAAAAUCCUGUACAAAUAAUUCAGUUUCAACACUGUGUCUAAGCUGGAAAAUAUACUAUGUUGUUAUUUUUAGCUGGUGAUUAAGCACAUGGAAGGUUAGUGUUUGGUAUAGUAGUCUUUUUGUGCAUCGUCUCAAUGCUCAAUAGCGAUGUUUAUGACGUGUUUUUGUCUGGUAGUGACUAAGUUUAUUUUUGUGUCUCCAAGUUUGAUCCUAUUUUUAUUGUUAACUGCAGUGUAGUGAGAUUUUCUGUAACUAGUUAUUUAGUGUGUGUGUUUGAAGAGAGAGUAUCAGUAUAUCAAAGUAUAUCACAUUUCUGAGUUUCUGUGAUAACAUGCUUCAACAGUACUUGCUGCAGGUUGUGUAUGUUAAGCUAAUAAAAUGGCUUCUACUGACCUCUAA